AUGGCAACCUCAGAGGCUGUUCAAGACAUGAGCCCAGCGCUCGACCCUGAGGCCAACGCUAUGUCCCUAUCCGAUAGCACCUCGGAUCGAUUACCCCCGACCGUCGAGGAGAAACAGAAGUUACGGAAAAUAGCAGGACAUAUCCCAUGGGUUUCAUAUCUUCUCUGCAUCGUUGAGCUUGCAGAACGAGCCUCAUUCUAUGGUUGCAAGACAGUCUUCAACAAUUUUCUCCAGUUUCCGCUGCCAAAGGGCGGCAAUGGAGCUGGAGCUGUUGCUAAGAAUGACCCCAACGGUCAUGCUGGUGCUUUAAACCGAGGCUUACAGUUUGCCUCGGCCAUGGUUCUCCUAUUCAACUUCCUUGCCUAUGUCAUCCCAAUAUUUGGUGCGUGGCUGGGCGAUACCAAGACCGGUCGUUUCAGAGCCAUCAUGUAUGGAGUCAUCAUCGGCGGCGUGGCACACGUUAUCAUGGUUGGAGGCGCAGCUCCCGCUGUCCUCAAAGCCGGUAAUGGACUUGCGCCGUUCAUGGUCAGCUUCUUUCUUCUAGCCGUCGGAGCCGGUCUGUUCAAGCCUAAUGUUGUUCCUCUCAUCAUCGACCAAUACACCGACCAGACAGAACAUGUCAAGACACUCAAUUCUGGUGAGCGUGUCAUCGUUGACCCCGAGACGACUAUCCAGAGGAUCAUGUUGAUCUUCUACAUGUGCAUUAACGUCGGCGCUUUCUUCAUGAUCGCCACAACUUACAUCGAGAAGUACGUUGGCUUUUGGCUAGCCUUUCUCCUCCCAGGCAUCAUCUACAUCCUCUUGCCAGUGCUUCUCAUGUGGCGGUACAAAACCCUCAAGCGUGUACCGCCUCAAGGAUCUGAUCUCAAUAACUUCUUCAAGAUCGUUGGGUUGGCUAUCAAAGAGAACAAAGGUAGAGUUUGGGCCAAGAACUUCUUCGACUCAGUCAAGCCGUCAGUUCUUGCUGCCAAGGGAAAGACUGUUUCCUGGGAUAGUAAGGCAGUCGAGCAUGCGCGCAGAACUCUGUCUGCAUGCCAGAUCUUUCUCUACCAGCCGUUAUUCUACCUCAAUGACGGCGGUGUUGGUACAGUAUUGUCUAAUCAAGGCGCGUCGAUGACUACCAAAGGUGCCCCAAAUGAUUUGAUUCACAACUUCAAUCCACUCACACUGAUGGUCUUCGCACCACUCAUGUCGUUUGUUUUUUACCCUCUCUUGAACCGAUACCACAUCAAGUUUGGUCCCAUUACUCGCAUGACUGCCGGCUACAUCUCUGCAGUCAUCGGAAGUGUUGUUGGUGCAAUUAUCCAGUGGAGGGUAUACAAAACCUCACCUUGUGGAUACCAGGCUUCAACCUGCGAUAGUGUGUCACCCGUUUCUAUCUGGUGGCAGCUGCCAACUGUUAUGCUGGGGGCGAUUGGUGAGCUCUUUACUGCAGUCACGGCAUACGAGAUGGCAUAUGCUAGGGCGCCUGAGGGUAUGAAGUCUACUGUUGUCGCGAUCAACUUGGCCAUGCAGGCUCUAUCUUCUGCAUUGGCUCAGAUCUUGAUUCCUUCCAUCAAAGAUCCCAAUCUUAUUUGGGCCUGGGCCGCUCCCGGUAUUGCUCUCUUCGUCCAGACCAUCAUCUUUUGGCUUCGACACCACCAUAUCAACGAUGAAAAGUUCCUGAUCCGUGAGACUUUUGAGGAAGAGGAUCCCUCGUUGACGGAAAAGAAAUAA